CAAUGCUAGCUCUCCAGAUGCCCUUCCCGCGCCACGACCUCUUCGACCUGGUCGACGCAUUCGCGCACACCCCGCCACGCUGCCACUCCUCCGAGCUCCGCGAGACCGAGGACGCCUUCCACCUCGCGUUCGAGGCGCCCGGCGUCCUGCCGUCGGACGUCGACAUCACGUUGGACGAGGGGGUGCUCCGCGUGAGGGGUGAGUCCAAGGUCGAGCGCAGCGGCCUCAACUACUGCGGCAAGAUCCACCGUGCUGUUGCUUUGCCCGCUGAGCGCAUCGACCCAGAGAAGGUGCAGGCCACGCUGGAGCACGGCUUGCUGCACGUGACGGUCCGCAAGCGGGCGAGGGCCGAGCCCAUCAAGGUUCGGGUUGCGACAAGCCAGCCCGCCGCCGAGGAGAAGGCCGAUGGCACCACCGCCGCCGAGGACGACGCGAUGGACGGCGUCCAGUGAGGCGCCCCGUGUGCGCGGCGGCCGGGGCCGCGGCGCGC